CAGCUGGUUGAACCACUAUUAAAGAAUAAAUAACGAAUCUAAUAUGGCUGCGCCCAUGGCAUGGAUGUCAAGUAUGCACACUGUUGAUUAUGUUGCCAUUGUUCAGUCAUUUCAAACAGACUGCAAAUAAUGUAAAUUUAACAAUAGUCGACCAGCGACGUUCAACGUCUCUGCCCCCAUCUACAAAUUCUCGACACUGGAUAAUCUGCAUCAUGGAACCAGGCAUUAUCAGACACAGUCAAAGGAUGCAACGUUCGUUGUGAGUGGCGAGCUGCAUGGUCAAUGUUACUGUACGUUAUGUCCUUCACAAUAGAAACUUGGCAUUGUCUGUCUUCUGAAAACCUCGAAUAAGGAGUUUUUACACUCAAUUAUCAUCGAAAAUGUACCCUUCAAAAGCAGCAGUUGAAGUGAUCCAGUUGGGUCGUAUUUCCUAUGGGCGUGCAUUACAGGUACAGCAACUCUAUGUUAGGAGACAUCUGGAUUCUAAAGACAAAUUGCACAAUGCUCUGCUACUAUGUGAACACCCGCCAGUCUACACCAUAGGAAUCAGACAGGCACUAUACCCAUUCGAAGAGGAGCAAAGACUCAAACUCCUUGGUGCUGAAUUCUUUCGUAGCAACCGUGGCGGACUCAUAACUUUCCAUGGUCCAGGGCAGUUGGUGUGCUACCCAAUACUCAACUUGGGCUGUUUCAAGAAAAGCGUGCGAUGGUACGUGUGUGAGCUGGAGGGGACUGUCAUUAACCUUUGCAGAAAGUAUGGGAUAAAAGCAUCCACCUCCCCAAACACUGGGGUCUGGGUUGGAUCCAACAAGAUAUGUGCCAUAGGAAUCCAUUGUGGGAGAUACAUAACAUCUCAUGGCUUGGCGCUGAACUGCAACACAGAUAUGGGCUGGUUUGAAAACAUUGUGCCUUGUGGGAUUGUAGGGAAAGGUGUCACAUCCCUCAGUCAAGAACUGGGAAGAGAUGUCUCUAUUGAAGAAUCCAUCCCAGUACUGCUGGAAACUUUCAGUGAUCAGUUUGACUGCACACUGUAUAAUGGAGAAUAUUCUAAUAAUGAAUAAACACUGCUUGGUAAAUGUAACAUGUAUAUUUUCACAAUCAUAAAAUGUUGUUCUGUCUCACCUGUCAGCUAGGAAACUAUGUUUCCCAGAUUGUGCUAUGAGGGCGUACGUCUGCUGUUCAUGUUAUGGUGGGGUAAAUGUGGCGCAGCAGUGUAAGGCACUGCGUCUCCGUGCUAGAGGCGUCACUACCGGCCGUGAUUGGGAGCCCUAUAGGGCUGCGCUCAGUUGGCCCAGCGUCGUCCGGGUUUGGCCGGUGUAGACGUCAUUGUAAAUACGAAUUUGUUAACUGACUUGCCUAGUUUAAAAUAAUAAUAAUAAUAAUGUAUCCGCGCUACUAGAAGGCUACUAGUUGGUCGUCACUAGUUACCACAGUCACGCUGAUGGCUAAACCCCGACUAUUUCUAAAAUGUAAUAGAUUUUAAAACUAACCUUAAUCACACUGCUAACCUCAUGCCGAACCUUAAUUUAAGACCAACAAGCUAAGUUUGAUUUCACUAAUUUUUACGAUAUAGCCAAAGUUGAAUUUGUGGCUGUGGUAACCGAACCCCAGUCUACUAAACAAUGACUAAGUAAGGUAGCGAACUAACUAAUUUAACAUGAAUAAAGACAACUUGAGUGCCAAGAUAGGACAAGUGGGCCAUUAUGUUGCUACGCUAGGUAACUAAUUAUAACUACCUAGUUUACUGUUUUUCAAGGGUGAUUACCACAGCCAGAUGACCACUGCAGAUAAGAUGACAUGGGGUCAUCAACAACACCAUCACUCUAGCGAGUCAAGCUAGGUAGCGUCCUAACGGUUUGUUAGAUAAUACAUUUCUUAUCUUGGCUGAUGAUUAUAUUUUAGAUAUGUAGCUAGCUCUAUCUGUUUCGGUAGCCAAAGCAAACAGACGUCAAGACCGAUAACUAGGGACGUUCUGUUCUGUCCUGCCUGGCCUAUUGCUAGCCUGCUAGUUUUGUAAACUAACGCUGAUUAACUUUAUCUACGUAGCUAGCUAGCUUGAUGUUUUGCUGCACAAUAUCCUGCUAUGGAGAACUGGACCGAAAUUGCCAUGCAACUGGGGACGUGCGACUUGCCUUGGAGGCUAUUUACCAGUGGAUAAGGUCAGUGAGUCACCGAAUCGAUGGACCAGAGCUCAGAUAGAGGCCCUCUAUUGCAGGAUAGGCAAGUGGAGGAGCUGAGGCUUAGGCUGUGCUGCAGGAUGGUAUUUGGGACGGCAGGGCUGAGGGCAGCCAUGGGCGUAGGCUUUGCCCUCAUUAAGGAUAUGACAAUCAUCCAGUCCAAACAGCCAUAUGCUGUGAAGAGGCUGGGUGUUGCAGCGGAUGUGAUGGUCACUGCCUCUCAAAGAGGACAACGGAUGCAAGGAGCUCUCCCUUCGCCUUGCUAAGAGAGAGAGUGCCAAGAUUGUCAUGGCAACUGAUCCUGAUGCAGAUCGUUUGGGUUUUGCAGAGCAAUCUGACAGAUUCCAAUUCAGAGCGACACACAGAAGCAUCCAGGGUCAAUGCCCUGCUCAAUGGCACGUUGACCGAUCUACCAUCAGGCCAAAAAACAUGAACCCAAACCCUCCAAGAUCCCCCCCACAGUUCCCCAAUAGCUGUCCUUCAACCAUUCGAGACCCCUCACACAGUCCCCCUCAAGAAUAAAUAUAAAAUAUACAAUGAAUUCCAUUCCCCACACCCAAGAAGCCCCAAUGCACCAACAACCAGGAGAAUGAGCUAAAGAGAAAAAAAGAAAAGAUGGAAGAAAACAGCAAACAACAAUGCAAGAAAAUAAUCAAACAAAAUAAUGCAUUUAAAACAAAGGACAUCAAGGACAACUAAAAUCAUAACAGCAAUCCAACUGAAUAUCUUUGUGUGUAUGUCUGGCACUAUUACAUGUAUGUGUGUGUACAUGCAUGUGUUUAUUUGAAUGAGAGUGGGUGUAUAUGCAUGUGUACAAACACCUGCACGGCAUCAGCCUCAGGCAAGCCGGCAUUAGUUGUAAAAACACUGCCACUUAGUGUCAUUCAAAUGUUAUUUUUAUUAUGUUUGACCAUCAUUCUAUCUCCCACACAGCAACUCCACACACACUUGUCUCUAUUUUCUCUUUCUAGGGUCAAUUUUAGAUCAAUGAUAUGCAUUUUCAGCCAUUCCUUAACCUGAGACCAGAAACAGGCUACCUGAGGGCAAUACCAAAAUAAAUGGUCUAUUGAUUCUGUAUCCUCACAACAAAAUCUGCAGAGCUUCGAUGAUUUUAUGCCCCAAAUAUUCAACAUUGUUGGUGGCAAGAAUUCUAUAUUUUAGCUGAAAAGCACGAAGUCUUGAAUCUGGCGCUGUUUUAUACAUCAACUCAAACACCCUGUACCAUGGAAUCGGUACAUCCAAAAUCUCUUCCCAACUAUUUUGCAAUCUGUAAUGGCACAGUUGUCAACAUCCUGGUCCUCAAAUGAAACUGGUAUACUUUCCUAUUUAUGCUAAUUUUAUUCCUCCUCCAGUUUUGAUCCUUUAAAUAGGGCAGACAGUUCAGUUCCCUACCUCCUCCCGCUGUCACCUGCCUCCUCCAUUUUUGGGGUGAUGCUGUAAUCAAUUGGUUGUACUCUUUGAUUGAGCAGACCUUCCCGUACAAUUCUGAUAACUCCAUGAAGGACAUAACUCUACCAUUCCAAUUUACAAUAUCAUUUAAGAACAAAAUACCAUUUUCAAACAUAUUUUCCAUAAAUACAGGUAUUUUAUCAAACAGCACAUUUGAGUUCAGCCAUAAUAUUUGUUGUAAUAUUUGUUCUAUCUUUUCAGGGGGAUGAAAUUGAAAUUGUAGCCAGCUCUGCAAUGCUUGUUUGAAAAAGAGAGAUACUUUGAAAAAAGUCUAAUUUUCAAUUAAUCUGCACAAAGGCAAAAAGGUCAUUUUUAAACAAUGGAUGAGCUUUUCUUAGUAAUCUACUUGAGAACCAUUUAGGGUUCAAAUAAAACUUUUCAAUGAGUGAACCUUUUUAGAGAGAGGUUUAGUGCUUUUAUAUUUAAUCAUCUCAACCCACCCAAUUCAUAUUCAUUAUAUUGAUAGGCACGUUUUAUUUUGUCUGGUUUAGCGUCCCAGAUAGUGAAUUUGUUUUUGCUCGUAUGAUUUGAAAAGCGAAUCAUCAGGAGUAGGCAGCUUUAUCAAAUGCCUUUUCAAAACCCGCUAUAAAUACCAUUCCUGUCUUCUUAUGUUUCAUGAUCUUCUAUUAUUUCUAGUAGUUGUAUAUUAUCUCCAAUGUAUCAUCCAUGUAAAAAAAACCUGUCUGAUCAGGAUGAACAAUACCUGGUAAAAACCCUUUUAAUUCUAAGUGCUAUGCAUUUCGCUAGUAUUUUUGCAUCACAACAUUGAAGUGUAAGGGGCCUCCAGUUUUUUAGAUAGACUGGGUAUUUAUAUUUGCCAUCUGGGUCUUGUUUUAAUAAUAGAGAAAUCAGACCUUCCUACUCAGUACCUGACAGACUACCAUUUCUAUAGGAGUAGUUAAACAAUCUAACAAUGGAGCUUUUAGUAUAUCAAAAAACACUUGAUAUACCUCUACCGGUAUGCCAUCAAGCCCUGGGGUUUUUCCAGACUGAAAGGAUUUAAUGGACUCAAAGUUCUUCCUCUGUAAUUUGGCCUUCCAUUUUUUAUAUUAUUUGGAAAGAAUUCCUUACCAUAUUCUUCAUUCAGUGGGAGAGGAUGAGACAGAAAAGAGAACAACAAAUAAUUAGCUUCCUCUUUUAAAAUAACAUUCGGAGAAUCAUUGAUGACUCCGUCUUCAGUAACGCGUUUCUACAAAUAAUGUUUGUUAGUGUUCCUGUUUUUAAGAUUCAGGAAGAAAUUUGUGCAUUUUUCUCCAUAUUCCAUCCAGUUUGCAUUAUUUUUGUAAUAGAUUACAUUAGAUCAUUCUUGAAUAAGUUCCUCAAGUUCUUUUUGUCUUUCCUUUACCUUAUUUUGUAUCUCUGUAGUAUUGUUUUUAUUGCUAUCGACCUGUACUAUUAUUUCAUGGAUUUCCCUUGUCAGUCUUGUCUCUCAUUUCUUGUCUCUCAUUUCUGCCAGAAAUGACUUUUUAAUUAUUGAUGAAUAUUGAAUUGAAUGAACCCUGAAUGUACAUUUAAAGGUAUCCCAAACAAUAAGGGGAUUUGCUGAACCUAUAUUUUACUGGAAAACUUCAGUUAUAAAUUAUUUUGUCAUAUUUUUAACUAAGUUGUCCUCCAGUAAACUUUGAUAAAAUUUCCAUUAUCCCCAUCCAAGUGGAAAAUAUAUUUAAGAGUUAUGUGAAUAUGCCAAUUAGAUGAUGCUCCGAUCACAUUCUGUCUCCUAUUAAAACUUUUUAAACCUUUGAUGAAAGAGACAAAGUAGUCAAGACGACUAGCUUGAUUAAGUCUCCUCCAUGUUUAUCUCACAAAGUCAGGGUUUUUUGGUCUCCAAAUAUCCACUAUUUCUAAUGUGUCCAUAAUAUUUGUGAUUUCCUUAAGGACACGGUGAUGAUAGUUUGUAGAGUGAUUACCUUUACGGUCCAUUGAGGUACUUAACACUGUGUUAUAGUCUUCUACCAUAUAAUGGUCCACAUCAUUUGUUGCCUGUAAGUUCAAUAAAUUGGUAUAAAUAUUUUUGAAGAAGUAUGGAUCAUCCUGAUUUGGACCAUAUAGAUUAAUGAGCCAAAUCUCUUUUUCGUCCACUUUCAUAUUCAAAAGGAUCCACCUUCUUUGUGAAUCAUUCCUGACUAUUUGCACAUUCAGAUCAACAUUUUUGUUAAUUAAUAUCAUCACACCCUUUGUCCAUGACAGAAAAUUAUUUCACCACCCCAUUCCCUUUUCCACCAACUUAAUCUAAGAAUAUAGAGUUAGUUUCCUGUAAACAGUGUUAUAUUCCUUUUAUUUUAUCCAUGUAAAGACUGAUCUUUUUUUAUAAUCUGCUGUACUUAUUUCACCCCUUAUUAUAGCUAGAUACUAUUCUCAGUCUAAAUUGACCAUAAUUAGAGCUUGUAAAGUUACUGCCAUCAGAGAUAUUAUGACGGUCAAAACUAGAGCUUUCAAAUGUCUGAUAUUUAGAUUUCAAAAAAUAGGUUCUAGCUAUAUUUGCUUUAUUCCCUUGCCUGUUUGCCUGUGAGCCAAUGCCACAGACGUUAGAAAAUUGAGACAAGAUAUGUGUGUAGUAAAUCUGAGUAGGUUGAUGUGUAUGAUUUUGGAUGUGAUAUAGUGUGUGUACGAUGUCUGUAUAAGAGUAGGACUAUAAUGUGUGAUGUCAAAAUAAAUAAUAAC